AUGCGAGCCCGUGCACCCGAGAACACCAUCGUCAAGCUCCGAAAUUUUCAGGGCGGGGGCUUGUGGGUGCAGGCGUGUUCAGGCCCACGCGUGGUGCUAGUGGCCUUCACCGUCAAGGGUUUUCAAAAGCUUUCAGUUCGGGAUCGGGAGGACUUGUCCAGGAGUGAUGACAUGCCUCAGGGUGCGCAUCGGUGCCCCGGCCUUUCGGGCCCUAUCGGCGUGCAGGAGUCGCAGGGUUCAGACUCCGUGGUCACGGUGGACAACAGUGGCAGCAGUGCGACGCGUGAUGACGGAUCGCCCAUCACUCCUCGAGAUCUUCUGUGGCACGGCGGGGCUGUCGGCCGCUGCUCGGAAGAUAGAUCGCGAGAAUCAACAGCGUCUUUGGCCCGAAAUCCGGAGGGCACACGCAAUCUGGUUGGCUCCGCCCUGCGGAACUUCCUCGGUGUUCAGCUACUGCCAAGCUCAGGGGAUACCUUGCGUGGUGGAGAAUCCUGUCUCAAGCCUCAUGUGGCGUACUACAUGGUUCGUAUGCUGCGCAAGUGUGAUGCUAGUCAUGUGCAUAGACCUUGGGGGCUAGUGCGGUCACCAACACAUGUGGGCUUUGCAACGGCCGAGGAAACCGCGUACCCUGCCGCGUUUUGCGAUGCCGCAGCCAGGGAUCUGCAGCUGAUCAUGCGUGCAAAAGGUUUUGCAUGUGACGAUCUUCAUGCCACCGGCACCGCCGCUGCGUCGGCAUUUGCGCAAAAGCAGCCCCGGAAGGGGCGUGGUCAGGUCGGCCCGCCCGAGUUUCGCCGAUAUGUCCGUGUGCGCGUUCCCUUGGAUGUUACACUGCCUGAGAAGGUGCCUGCAACAACACCGUCGUACCUUGCUCAG